AUGGUAGGAAGAAGAACUUGUGAUAAGAGGCAUGGGAAGGAAUUGAUACAGGUAAAAGAAGAAAGUAUCAGCACCCUGAUUGAGACCAAACACUUCUCAGAAGCUGUUACCCAGCAGAAGCCCUCAGUUGCAGAACUUACAGGAAUUAUUAAAGCCAAGAUCAGGUUAAUUGGAAACCAAAGACAGCUAACCCCAGAGUCUGCAGAUAUUGUCUUUUUGGUUGACAGCUCCGACAGCCUGAAAGACUCUUCAUUCGGCUCCUUAAAAGAUUUUAUUGCAGAAACAAUUGAUAAUCUGCCAGUAGGACCUAAACAGUACCGUAUUGCACUUGCCCAGUACAGUGAUGAUUUGCAUAGGGAGUUUCAGCUAGAUACUUAUAAUGCAAAGAACUUGAUGCUAAACCAUGUCAAGAAGAACUUUGUAUUUAGGGGUGGGUCAGUCAGAACUGGCAAUGGUCUCCGAAAGGUUCAUGAGAGAUAUUUUAAAAGACCAGCUAGUGCAACAGGAAGAAAUCAGAUUUUGGUGGUUGUGACUUCAGCAUCCUCAGAUGAUGAUGUGGAAGAGCCUGCCAAAAUCUUGCAGAGUAGUGGAGUAAAGAUCAUAGCUGUAGGGACAAAAGAAGCUCCUUAUGAUGAACUAGCUUUGAUGGCUACACCCCUGUUCUAUUACAAAAUUCCUAAGAUAGAGGAACUUCCUGUCUUUUCUCAACAUAUGCCCCAAAUAAUUGAAGGUAUUAAUUUGGAUGUCAAUAGUGCAAUGCAAACAACUAUGUUUGAAGUAACUGACCUGCGUGAAGAAAAACAGCUAGAAGUCUGUAACUUGGAUUUGCUUGCUGAUAUUGUAUUCAUAGUAGAUGAAGGUGUUACGAAACCAGACUUUGAUACUACUAAAAAAUUCCUGAAAGACCUAAUAUCAUCUCUUGAUGUAAAGAAGGAAUGCAUAAGAAUUGGUCUGGUGACUUUUAGCACUAAGCCGGAAGUGAUAUUUUUUCUGAACACAGAAGCAAACAAAGCUGAUAUUCUGCAGAAAAUAGAGGGCCUUUCUCCCAAGCCAGGGAAAGCUCAUACAGGUGCUGCCAUCAAUGCUGCAAGCAAAAGUGUCUUCAUUGAGAGUGCUGGAAGCAGAAAAGCUCAAGGGGUAGAGCAAAUAGCCAUUCUGAUCACCCACAGACCCUCACAAGAUAACGUGAGUGAAGUAGCGGCAGUGCUUAGGAGAAGUGGGGUGACUGUUUUCUCCAUUGGUAUAAGAGAUGCAAGUAUUCCCCAGUUGAAAGAGAUAGCAUCACAUCCUCAACAACAGUAUGUUACUUAUCUAAAGGAAUUUUCUAACCUGCUGAAGCAAAGUACAACUUUUUACAAGAAACUCUUGAAUCAAAUACAGGACAGGCUCUAUGUUGAGUCUGAACGAAGAGAAUCUCUCAAAACAGGAUGUGUGGAUACAGAAGAAGCUGAUAUCUAUUUCCUCGUUGAUGGUUCAUCAAGUAUUACAUAUCCUGACUUUGUGGAUAUGCAAACUUUUUUGACAGGAGUGAUUAACUUGUUUAACAUCGGACCAGAUAACGUCCGAUUUGGAGUUGUUCAGUACUCACACUUGGUUGACCUGGAAUUUGAGCUUGGUAAAUACAACACAGCAGGUGAUUUAGUGAAGGUCAUUGAAAACAUCAGGCAAAUAGGUGGAAAUACCAACACAGGAGCAGCUCUAAGUUACAUGCGACCACUCUUUGCAAAGGCAAGGAGCCAACGUGCUAGAAGAGUGCCUUGUCACCUCAUUGUUCUAACAGAUGGACAAUCACAUGACAGCGUGAAGGAACCUGCUGAUAUAUUGAGGAAAGACCAGGUUAUUGUUUAUGCCAUUGGAGUGAAAGAUGCUAAUGAAACACAGCUCCAUGAGAUUGCAGGGGCAAAGAACAGGGCAUAUUUUGUACACAAUUUUGACUCAUUGAAAGUUAUAAAAAGUGAAGUUGUUCGAGAAAUCUGCUCUGAAGAAGCUUGCAAAGAUAUGAAAGCUGACAUCAUAUUUUUGGUGGACAGUUCUGGGAGCAUUGGAGAUGAAAACUAUGUGAAAAUGAAAAGAUUUAUGAAAGAACUGGUGAACCGAUCUGACAUCAGCACACAGCAAGUGCAGAUUGGGGUUGUCCAGUUCAGUGAUGUUCCCAGGGAAGAGUUCCAGCUCAACCAAUACUCUACCAAGCGCGAUAUUGUUAGCGCUAUUGACAGAAUCUCUCUCAUAAAUCAGAACACACAAACUGGAAAGGCACUGAAGUUUGUGGCUGAGUAUUUUCAGUCUCCCAAAGGAGCACGUCCCAAUGUUAAAAAAAUUCUUAUCCUGAUCACCGAUGGGGAGGCACAAGAUGCAGUAAAAGAUCCAGCAACAGCCCUACGACAGGAAGGCAUUGUUAUUUACUCAGUUGGAGUUUUUAAUGCAAAUAAAACUCAGCUAGAACAGAUUGCUGGGAAGCCUGAGUUGGUUUUUUAUGUUGAAAACUUUGAUAUUCUAAAGGAGAUAGAAAACGAGAUCAUCUUUGGCAUAUGCAGUCCUUAUGAAAGCUGCAAAAGGAUAGAACAUCUAGAUGUUGUGUUUGUGAUUGAUGGUUCUGGAAGCAUAAGUGACUCAGAAUACCAGACUAUGAAAGACUUCAUGAUCACCUUGGUGAACAAAUCUGAUGUUGGCCCAGACAGAGUUCAGUUUGGAGCUGUAAAAUAUUCUACCACACCAGAAACGUUUUUCCACCUUAAUAAAUUUAGUACAAAAUCUGAGAUUGUUGAGGCCAUCCAGGCAGACAAAUCAAUUGGGUUAGAUACUUACACUGCUGCAGCACUUAGCCAUUCAGAAACUCUAUUCACUGAGAGACAUGGCAGCCGCAUAAAAAAGAGAGUUCCACAGGUUCUUAUAGUGAUCACCGAUGGUGAAUCACAUGAUAAAGACAAACUUAAGGACACAGCCAAAAGGCUAAGAGACAAAGGAAUUCUUAUCUAUGCAGUUGGAAUACAAAGAGCAAACCGUGAGGAACUAUUGAUGAUGGCAGGAGCAGAAGACAAAUGGUUCUAUGUUGAUAAAUUUGAGGGACUCAAAAACCUCUCCAUGAAUGUAACAGAUGAUAUAUGCCAGGUUUCACAACCAAAAUGUGAAAAUCCAGUAGACAUUGUUUUCUUGAUGGAUGGUUCUAAAGGUGUCGCUGAAAAAGACUUCGUGGCUACAAAGGACUUCUUGAUAAAUAUACUCACUGCAUUCGAUGUUACUCACAAUGUCCAAAUUGGCAUCGCCCAGUAUGGUAACAGAUUCCAAGAAGAGUUCAGCCUGAAUGUUUUUCCAAACGAAGAACUAAAAGAAAAAAUUGAAGGCAUUCAACAAAUGAAAGGACGUCGAAGAUAUAUCGGUUCUGCACUUGAGAGAGUGCAGCGCUACUUCAGGCCAGGAAAAGGCAGCAGAAUAAAUGAAAAUAUCCAGCAAGUUUUACUGGUAUUUACUGGUGGACGAUCACGUGAUAGAGUUUCUAGAGAAGCAAAAAACCUGAGGAGGAAAGGCAUUGAGAUAUAUGCUGUAGGAAUGGGAAAAGGUCGUGCGCAGCUUAAUCGGAUAGUUGGCACGUCAGGCAGAAAAUACACAGUUGAUGAUUUCAGUGACUUAAAGACCAUUAAAAAAAGACUAGCGGAUGAUAUUUGUAACUCGCCUGAUAAAGCAAGUUGUUUGGUGGAUAUUGUUGUGGGAUUUGACAUCACAUCACAAACAGAAGGCAAUGAUUUUUUUCAUGGACAGCCCAAGCUGAGAGAGAACCUUCCCAACAUCCUAAAAACCCUCACAUCCUUGAGUGGUGUGAGUUGCAACCUAGGAUCAAAAGCUCAGAGCAGUGUGGCACUGCAAGUGAAAAAUACAGUCCGUCCAGUGUCUUCCAAGUUUGAAAUUAACCCUGAAAUAAUCCUCAACAACCUGAAAAAUGUUGUGAUUGCCAAUCCCUCUUUUCUCAAUGUUGCCUUCUUGCAGUCACUUUGGAAAGCAUUUCAAAAAAGAUCUGAUAAUCGAAGAACGGUAACUUGGUUCAAAGUGUUACUUAUAUUUUCAGAUGGUGUGGAUGAUAACAUAGAGGCACUCGAGGAAAAAUCAGAAGAUCUCAGAAAAAAGGGAUUGGAUGCACUCAUAACUGUUACUCUCGAAAGAGCCUCUAAUUCUGAAAAACUUCAAUACAUUGAAUUUGGAAAAGGAUAUAAACAUAGAACUAUUUUAGAUAUUGGCAUGACAGAUACGGCCAGCCAGCUCUCCAAGUACUUGGCCAAUAUUGCUGAAAGAACAUGCUGCUGUGUGUCUUGCAAGUGUGUUGGGGAAGAAGGUGAUAAGGGAUCUCGAGGAAAACAAGGGAUAAAGGGACCUCGAGGUGCAAGCGGACACCUGGGAUAUUUAGGAGAUGAUGGGGAGCCGGGUCCAAGAGGACCUUCUGGACUGGUGGGAAGACAAGGCAAUACGGGAUGUCCAGGUACAAGAGGUUUCAAGGGAUUUCGAGGAAUCAGUGGGCAUAAGGGAUCCAGUGGUGAUGAUGGGAUUGGUGGAAUUCAAGGAGAAGAGGGUGAUCCUGGACUUUCAGGAAACAAAGGAGAAAAGGGUGACUUAGGCUAUCCGGGCAGUACAGGACCAAGAGGACCCCCUGGUGAACGUGGACCAAAGGGCUUUCAAGGAGAUUCUGGAAAUCCUGGAUUGAUUAGUGAGAUAAAAGGAUCUAAAGGCAUAAAAGGAGACCAAGGAAAAGCGGGUGAAAGAGGACCAGUGGGAUCACCAGGCUUGCCGGGAUCUGGGAACUUCAUAGGAGCAACAGGUCUAAGAGGACAACCAGGACCAGAGGGUGGGAAAGGAACUCCUGGUCAGAAAGGUGUCCAAGGAGAGCAAGGAUUCAAAGGACCUCAGGGGCCCAGGGGGAUUCAAGGUAUGAAAGGAGAGAAAGGAGAACAAGGAAAUAAAGGUUUUCAGAGUAUACCAGGAGCUGUGGGUGCUAAAGGGAGUACUGGACAUCCUGGGAUGCCAGGAAGCAAAGGAGAGCCUGGCAAUCCUGGAGUGAAAGGAGAGAGUGGACAACGCGGUCAUCGGGGAAGGCAGGGAGAAGAUGGCCCUACUCAGUAUGGUAGACUGGGAAAUAAAGGAGCAAAGGGAUAUAAUGGACUGCCUGGAGAUUUUGGACCAAAGGGUGUUUCAGGUCCUGUCGGUCAAAAGGGUCGUGAAGGAGACUCGGGACCUCCCGGACACAGGGGUGCUAUCGGACAAAAGGGCCCAGCUCCAUUUUCCCCAUGUGAACUCAUUGAAUAUGUGCGCAAAAAUAGCCCUUGUUGGAGUGGAAAACGGGAAUGCCCAGUAUAUCCGACAGAAUUGGCAUUUGCUUUAGACUUAUCCCAGGAUGUCAGCCCUCAGAUAUUCCAAAGAAUGAAAGACAUAGUAAUAUCAAUAGUGAAUGACCUGAAAAUCAGAGACAGCAACUGCCCAGUUGGAGCCAGAGUUGCUGUUCUGUCCUAUAAUUUGCAUGCCGACUACCUGAUCCGCUUCUCGGAGGUCUACAGCAAGAAACAGCUUCUUAAUGAACUGAAAAAUCUGGAUUAUCAGAGAUCCUCAGGUGGACGGGAUAUUGGCAGUACUAUGAGAUUUGUUGCCAGGAAUGUUUUCAAGCGAACCCUCCAAGGUCCUAAUGUGAGAAAAAUAGCAGUGUUUUUCAGCAAUGGGCCGUCUGCAGAUGCAUCUGCCAUUAACACAGCAGUUCUGGAGUUGAGUGCGCUAGAUGUUGCUACAACAGUUAUUGCAUUUCAGGAUCUACCUAGCAUCAAUCGUGCGUUUGCGGUGGAUGAUUCUGGAUUGUUUCAUGUAAUAAACGUUCCUGUUGAAGGAGAUUAUAAACUACUCUUAAAAGGACUUCAUCUCUGCACUCUUUGUUAUGGUAAAAUUCAUAUUCUACUGAUGAUCAUUACUAGAAGUAUAUUAGAGAAGCAACAAUAUCUAGUUCAGUUCUGUGUGAUGAUGAGAUUGAUAGAGAUCAGUAAAAACUGA